UGGGCGCCCGGUCGUUUGACAACAACGUUUUUCAACAUUUGAUAAACACGCCUCUGUGGACACAGCCCCUUACAGUCUAGAGAAGCUUUUAACACUACAAAGAAUCCUUCGAGAAACAGAGCGCUUAAUUCUGCCGACAGAACCGUUCAGACAACAGUGAUUGUUCUAACAUUUUCUUUUUUAAGAGUGAAGAGACGCUUCAAAUCUGAAGAUUCCCAGAUAAAAAUGACUGAUUUGAUUGAUACUUUUAUGGUUGAUUUUACUGUGUGAAAUGUUCUACAGAGUAAAGCAAGUCUGGAAAGGUGUGUGUGAGUGAUAUGGGUGUGUGUUUUUGUGAACUGAGAUGAGGAUGUGUUGUAUGAGGUGCGGUGCAUCUGAUAAGAGUUUUCUGGUGAAGCGACUGCAGUCUGUAACGUCUGUCUGGGCCAUUAAACCGCAGGCUACUCUUCUUUACAUGCGUUCAAAACCAACCCUGAGAGCUCAACUUACAAAUCAUACCCUUGUGAAUCACAACACAGUGACUUCAACGCUUAAGGGUUUUUCGACUUUCUCAUUUUGAUUCAUUUUUAACAAAGAACGUUACAGAUUGCAUCUUUAACCCGUUUCGUUUCACUUUAGUACAAAACCAACGACGGUAAAGGCGACGGUUUCCACACACAUCUCUAUCUUCUCAUUUUGAGUUGAGUUGUGUGAAGAGUUUCUUGUGUUGGUGCUGUAAUACCGUCUGAAUGAUGUGUGUCAGUGUCUGAGAGGAUGAUGAUGAUGAUGACGACGGAGGAUCAUUGAAUCAGUUUGUGUUAGUGAACAGAUUGACAGAUUAGAGCUCAGGUUAAUCCUGUGCGUGUCAGAUUGAAAUACUGAUGCGAGACUCGCACUUCUAACUGAAGUAGAAACCCGUCGCUCGAGAGAUUUUCAGGUGAAGCAGAUGCUCAUGUGUAACAGGUCAAUGUCUUCAGGUGUUUCAGGUACCUUGACUUCACGUCCUCUUUACAUUACAGCAUGUCUCUUCUGUCGCAUCUGCGUUCUCCGGCUUUGUCCUUCGUUCAGACGCUGUUGUCGCUGCUGUUGUCGUUGUUUUCGCUGUCGUCGUCUCAUUGGUUCGUGGGCAGUCAGAAAGUCCCGAAGCCCUUGUGUUCCCCGACCCGACGGCUCAGGUGCACUCCGGUCCCCGGCAUGACGGACAGCUCGGCCCAGUUCUCCUGGGAAACGGGAGACGACCGCUUUAUCUUCCCGACGUUCCACACGGGGCUGUGGACCACCUGUGAGGAGAACAUCUACACCGAUGCCUGGGAGGAGAAGUGCCGCAGUUUCAUGGCCCUGACGCCUGCGUCUGAAAAAGGAAUCCUGUGGCUGUGUGUUGGGAUGGAGUUGUUGUACAUUGUUCUGUUGUCUGUCAGUUCGGUUCUGUUGUUGCUGCAGUUGAGUUUGUCGCUCUGGUGUCCACUGCAGCAGAGCUGGGGUCACUUACUGAACGCAUUCGCUGCUGUCUGCACGGUUCUCGGAGGUACGACACACACAUUGGAUAACAGCGACAGGUUGUUGGACUCAUUUGAUUCAGGAGUCACCUGUCGUACAUGUUUGUGUUGCAGUGUUGCGUGGCUGGCCUUCACCUGCUGCAUGUCUUCUGGAGUUUCUACACUCAACAUCUACACCAAGACCUUUUUGAUGCUUGGACGGAAACACCAGCGUGUGUUUUACCCCUGUAAAAACUUCACUUUCCCUCCACAAUGUCCUCUUGUGUCUCCUCUCUCUCCGUACGUCUCGCCGCCCCUUCCACCUCCUCCCCCCACCUGCCCCGCACCUCUCUCGCCCGCGCUCUCUCUCCUCCGGCCCCCCGUCAUACUCCUUCUGUCUCCGGUGGGCUCGGACGAGGACUUCAGUCCCCUCUGAUGUCUAAAACAUCUUUCAUCUCCUACUUUUCAUGAGCGCUUCACGUGCAAAACAUCACGGGGCAGUCGUGGCCUAAUGGUUAGAGAGUCGGACUCGUGACCAGAAGGUUGCCGGUUGGAUUCCCAGGGCCGGCGGGUAACGACUGAGGUGACCUUGAGCAAGGCACCUUACCCCUACUUGCUCCCCGGGCGCUGCAGUGAUAGCUGCCCACUGCUCCGGGUGUACGUGUGUUCACCACUUGCUGUGCGUGUGUUCACUACUCUCUGGAUGGGUUAAAUGCAGAGGUCACAUUUCGGGUAUGGGUCACCAUAUCUGACAAAUAGGUCACUUCACUUUCACUUUCACUUUCAAAAUGUCAUUUCAGUCUGAAGGACGUUCUGAGAGGGCUUCUCUUUACUUUCACCUGCGUUUAUCAGCAGCUUUUAAUUUUGGCCUUUUUCAUUUCAAUUGGUCAUGAAUAAAAACUCAUCAAUGUUCUGUUUUGCCUCUUUUCACCUGAAUGUUUUUUAGCUGUUCUCUACGAGCGCUUUCUAUUUAAUGGACACGUUAAUAAAUGUCUCCAGCAUCACACACAAUCCUGUGAUGGACGUUAUAGUCAUGUUUGUCUCGGUCAAGUCAUUGUGAUGGAAUGAGUUUAAUUUAGUCAAAUCUUUCUCAUGUUAUUACAUUUGACAGUGAUGAAAUACCAAAAUCCCUUUAAUGGUCAAUAACAUGAUCAUAUGGGUUUAACACAAGUGUUAUCAAACUUUAAGACAGUAAAAUCACUUUAACAGCUAACAUGAAUAUGAC